GUGCAUAGCCUCGGCAUCGACCACGUUCGGGAAGCCGACAUGGUCUGGAUUGCCGAGGAGGCCUACAACGCCCCACUUCCGCCUGGCUGGACGGAGCAUGUGGAUGCCAACGGCCGAACUUACUUCUACAACACGAACCUGCGGGAGUCGCUAUGGAAGCAUCCCAUGGAUCAGGAGUUUGUAGAGAUCGCCAACUACUGGAGGCGAGCCCUUAAGGAUGGCGGCUUCUGGGAUAUCGACGAAGAGCUGGCCGAAAUGGAGGAGAAAAUCCGCGCCAAUCUGGCCAAUUGGAUGGAGCUCUACGACGACUCCGGCCAGAAGUUCUAUUUCAACCGGAAGACGGAGGAGAGUCUGUUCGACGACCCACGUCACACGACGUACCACAGCCUCUACACCAGAAUCAGGUUUGUGAACAUGAUGAAAGAGAAGCUGCCCUUGCUCGCCCUGGCCCCACGAGCCACAGCCACGGCCUCAUCCUGA